GGUUGGGGGAUGAAACUUCCACGUACAUUUGUGUUGGAGCGCUGUGUACAUCUAAAAUAUUGCAAACGCUCUGCACUGGACUGGACUGAAUGUGUAUUUUAGUAAAUGACUUUUAUACAUAGCGAACUCAGUUUUUUUUUUGGUUCAAAUUUUGUGUGAUUCGAUUUAAAUUAUUCUAGUGUGUAAUUAAAAAUGAAAAAUAUAUUUUUAUUUGCGUUAUUAAUUCUACCAACUGUUAUUUUAACGGUUGAUAAUGGAUAUAAAUACGUAGCCAGAGCCGAAGAUGAAUUGGACGAGGAUUUAGUUGCUGUUGAAGGGGAAAAUGAUGAGAUGACCGUAACCGAAGAUACAGAAGAGGAGGAUGGAAAAACAACGGCUUCACCGGACGCAGAAACGACAAUUUUAUUCGUUAAACCUAUUGCUAUUGCUGGAUCUCAAUUAGAACUUCCCGCUGGACGUUUAGUGGAGUUUUUAGUUGGAUUUACAAACAAAGGCAACCAAGAUUUCGUUUUAGAAACCUUGGACGCAUCUUUCCGUUAUCCAAUGGACUACAAUUUCUACAUACAAAAUUUCUCAGCAAUUGCAUACAAUCGACUUGUGAAACCUGGACAUGAAGCAAGUUUAUCGUAUAGUUUCUUACCAUCAGAAGCUUUUGCUGGACGUCCAUUUGGUUUGAAUAUCAAUUUAAAUUAUCGUGAUGCAGCUGGUGCUUCGUUCCAAGAAGCUGUAUACAAUGAAACCGUACAAAUUAUUGAAAUCGAAGAAGGUUUAGAUGGUGAAACAUUCUUCUUGUACGUAUUUUUGGCUGCUGGUGUUGUACUGUUAUUGGUUGUUGGUCAACAAUUUUUGGGUUCAUAUGGUCGUAAACGGACUACACGUAAACCUGUUGUUGAAACUGGUACCAAAAAUCCAAAUAAUGUCGAUUAUGAUUGGUUGCCAAAACAAACAUUGCAAACUUUAAAUAAAAUCGAUAGCAGUUCAAAAUCACCAAAAGCUGGGAAAAAUUCCAAGUCACCCAAAGCAGGUAAACAACAAAAAGCUGUCGCAAACAACAAACAUGAAUCACAAAGUCCAAAACAGCGUAAAAAUCGAGCUCGAGCAGAAUAAACUUAACAAAAAAAGAACAUAAUCGUUUGUUUUUUUUUUUACUUGCGCGUAUCACGUGUCGUUAUUUAUCGAUGAUUUACAAAGACUGUAGGAUAAGAAAUUAUUGUCCAAUCCUAUCUCCAAAUCAUUUUUCAUCACAUCAAUACCCAUUUCUCCCCCCACUCCUGUUUUUCAUUUCAUUUCAGGCUCUUUGAGUGUGAUAAAUAUUAAUUUUUUUUGUGGGUGUGUUUUUGAAUUAUUCAUUAAAACAAUUUUGUUCCUUUCCCAUCCCCUCUUAUAUAAAAAUUUCUUUAUUUACGAAGGAAAUAAAUCCUUUGGCUUCCCGUUCAAUAUUAAAACCCAAGUCUAGUAAAACUAUAAAAGAACUGGUGGGGAAUUCCUUAAUUUGGUAAGGAGUUCGCAUUAAAGUAGUUUUUAAGGUUAAAAAAUAAAUUUAUUUAAUAAAACUUAUUUGUACAGUAAAGUUCAUAAAAUAAUAAA